CGGUCGCUCGAACCGCUUUAUCUCUACGCUCGAGCUGUGCACUCUCUCCUAAACGUAAUACGAAUACAUCGCAGCACACACAAGUAUCAUAUUAUUAUAUAUGUACGUAUAGGUCGGUGCGAGUGUGUUUUAUAUAUAACGUGUACCGAGAGCCACAUGCUUUUGUUGCGUGCCUGGAGUUUUUAAAGUGUCAUCGCAAGUGCUUUCUUAGGAGCUCUGCCAUCCAAAGCUUGGCAUUAUUAAUUUAGAAAAAUUAAUGCUUCAUCGACGUCUGGCGCUCAGUCCAAAAGAAUUCAAAUUUCGUAUGUACGUGCAGCAGCAGCAGCAGCCGAUAUAUCGAAUGAAUGAGUGAUCUCGCAAUACGUAUUCCAUUAGAAUACACAAAGAGCAGCAGUCGUGGUAGCCGCAGCAGAUCGAGCUCUGAAUAAUACAGAAGAAAAAGAGGAAGGCAGCAGCAGCAGCAGCAGAGUCGCAUAGUGUGCAAGUGCUAGAGAGCAUCUCGCGUAGCAGUGGCCGCGUGUGUGCGCGUGUGCGCGUGUGCAUGGCAAGAGUCAAGUGCGGGGCAUGGAGAUUGCUUUUCGACUGAGACGAUGUGAGGAAUGAUCACGUGGCUCAUGGUCGGACUGCUUUUGUUUACGGAAUCAGCCUGCGAGAGCAGCAAAGCCAGCAGUUCGUCGAACAGCAGCCACGACGGACGUGGCAAAAAUGAGAGCGCCUUAUUGAUUAAGAAUAAUAACAAUUUCGACGACGAGGACGCUUAUCGUUUGACCUGUUACACCUGCGUCAACGUCAGCGACAACAAGAUGUGCAACGAAUGGGCUAUAGACACUCCAUGUCCUGCAGGCGGUCGGGAUUUCUGCCGAUCUCUGCAUAUUCUGGAUAGUCGCGGACGCAGCGUCUUGGUGAGCAAGAGCUGCGUCAACGAGAUCGAGUGCAGCCCGGCCAACGUCGGAUGCGUACCCAUCGACACGCAAAAGAUCUGCAUAAGCUGCUGCGACACGAGCUACUGCAACGUCGAGUCGCCGACGAACGCGACCAGCGCGACGUACACGCGCAAACGGCCGAGAGCACCGACGAAGUCGCGCAACAACAACAACAACAACGGCGGCGGCGGCAGCGGUGGCGAGGACGCCAGCAGGGCCAGUGCCAUCGGCGCCAGUAGGUAUCGCACGACUACCCACCUACUCGCUUCUCUGCUCUACAGUGUCUUUUUCAAUCGUUAUUGUGCAUAUCAUUAGUGGUGUAUAGAUAUAUAUGUAUAGAGAAAAGAAGGCGAAAAAAAAACCAAAGGGAAGGAAGGAAGAAUAUAAAGGGGAGAGCCGCCGAUCGAAGCCGGCACUCACACGUAAAUGCGAUAAACUCAGGCAUCGGCAGUGCCAAGCCGUUUUUUUGAUUAAAAAACUUGUGCGCAUUUAAAACAUGAAAGUUACUCUGUCUCUGGUCGCCUCACCCUUCCUCUCACGUAGCACGUAGCGUAUAUAGGUAUAAAAUACAGAUAGAAAACACGACGCGCAAAAAGAGAGAGAGAGAGAGAGAGAAAGAGACACAUAAGCGGACUGCCGAUCGCGGGUCAAAUGAAAACCUAUAGAGAGCAAAGAGUAACGAAGUAAAGUUUGAAAAAGGAUAUAUGUAUAAUAGAAAAGUCUCUUUUCCUCUUUCUCUCUCUCUCGUCUGGGAGCACGCGAACAAAAUGUUGACAAGCAUAUACACACGCGCGGGCCGAGGAGGGGCUUCGCAAACUAUCUCCUCCAUCUCUCACUCAGCGCAAGCUCGUGCCUCAGCUAUACUAUUACCAACUCGACUGUAUACACAUCUACUGUUGCAGAGCUAGUUUGUCAACUUUUUUCGACUUAAGUGAGAAAGAGGAGCUUCGCUCCCGAAUACUAUACUCGCGAGCGCGCGCGAUAUCGCCGAGAGAACGAGCUCGAGCAGCCGAGUUUGCUCGAGCCGGGUCGACUUGAUAAAUAUGGAGAAGUCUCGGAGCUUCUUUUUUCCUUCUCUCUCUCUCUCUUUCUCUCCCUCUCUUAUUCUCUCUUAUUCUCUCUUUCCAUCUCUAUCUUACUCCCUGUCUCACACUCUAUGUAUAUCCUUUUCUUUCCCCGAGGUUGAAAGAAGUAUAUCGUCGCGCGGAGCUAUUUUUUGGUCAGCACUCGUUAAUUUUAACGAAGAAGACACGUGCACCCUACAUUUUUCUAGCAAAUUAUAUCAAGGUAACGAAAAAUGAAAACAUACGUACGUACUUAGACGUAAAAAUAUAAAAGGAGUUAUAAAAAAAAGACACAAAAACGAUGAAACAUAAUACAAUUUUAUUGAUAUAAAAAAAAAUAUUUAAGAAAACUGGACUGUUACUGACAUAUUCAAUUAUCCCAGAAAUAUCAACGUUUUUAAUCGUAUACACAGCAAUUGACAUUAUUAUACACGUGUACAGCAUUACAUACUAAAUUAUACCGGCGCGAGUGUUUAAUUUGAUACUAAAGGGUUUAUUCAUGAGCGCGUGUGUUUAUCAAUCCGAACGAGUUGUAAUAAAAAAAAAAAAAAAACACAGGAGAGAAAUAUUUGCAAACGCUAACACAAAUCAUCCUCCCGAUAAAUUAAGCCAAGCCGCCGCCGAGCAUUAGCAGUAAGUGCAUGCAUGUUAUACGUACGUACGUACGUACGUGCUGCUUUAGCGCGGGGGUGAUCUUUUCACGAUUAAUUUUAUUUUUCACUUACUCGCGCAUGUAUUACUGCGCAUUACGCGGCAAACAUUCUUCAAAAAUUAAAAUAAUGCACUGGGCUCAGCGAGAGAGAGGGUGGGAUUAUGUAUGCCACGGCUGGAGGAGCAGGAGUCGAAAUUUUUUAAUUAUAGCACGAGCGCGCGGCACAUAUAUAUAAGUUGUACGUAUAUAUAUAAGAGUAAAGCUCGUGUGCCUGCCUGCGCAGCCCUUUUUUUUAAGCUCGACAUACUCUCAGCCACGCCUGCGCCACGUAUAAUAUACAUAAUAACUUUUUUGUAAACGUUGAAAAUAAAAUUACUAAGUGUGGCGAAGUUAGAAAUAAUGUACCCUAGCAUCGCACGAGACAGAGAGAGAGAGAGAGAGAGAGAGGGAGGAGAGCAGUAGCGCACAUACGAACACACGUAGCCACAUCAAGAAGCCAGCCACACGCGUAUAAUAAGCGCGCGCGAAACUUGCGCUCAAUGCGCACAGCGAUGGCAGCGGCGGGCGUAUAUUACAGCAAAAAAAAAAAAAAAAAAAA